ACGGUGGAAAUGGAGGUCGCAUGUAUAACGAGUUGGGUUUCUUGUCUCCAUUCAUAUAGGCCUAAAGAUACUAUUGGUUGGGCAAAAAUCUCAGUUCUUCCAAUUUUCUUUGGAUGGAAGACUCGUGGCAGAAUUGGAUUUCUUCUUUGGAAAUGGGUGACGACAAUUCCAAUGGUCAAUCUCACAUUAACUCACUUGAUCAGGAUAAGCUCCUCACUGGGAUUGUCCUAGAGCCAGAGCCACCAAAUUUCUCAUUUCAUCAAAGUGUCCACCACCACCACUCUUCUACCAUGUCACAAAAUAAUCAUCAUCAUAGUAAUAACAAUGUUUUGGUUCCCACCACAAGCACCAUGGGAAGUAGUACCUUAUCCUAUGAUGAGGAUGCAAGCUUUGAUGAGAGGCAUGGCAAAAUGCUCAAGUGUAAUAGCUCAAACUCCAUCACUAUUUCUCAAGAUAUUGUUGCCAAUUCACAGAUACCAUCCAAAUCUACCUUCAUUUUGUCCUUUGAAAACUCAACUGUGGAACCUGCUCUCCAUGAUAGACCUAAUUAUAACAAUUCCCCUAAGCAUUUUGAGGCCACAUGUUCUUCCCUUUUGAGCUCAGAAAUAACACUCAACAGUGACUAUAUCAUCACUAAAUCAGAGGCCAAGCAAGGUGCCAAGAAGCAUAGAACCUCGUCUGAGAUCAAAGAUCACAUAAUGGCUGAGAGAAAAAGGAGACGGGAACUCACUGAGAGAUUCAUUGCACUCUCUGCCACCAUACCCGGAUUGAAGAAGACAGACAAGGCCUAUAUACUUCGGGAAGCUAUCACAUAUAUGAAACAACUUCAAGAGAGAGUGAAAGAGCUAGAGAAUGAGAACAAGAGGAAAACAACAUAUUCAAGAAUAUUCAUCAAGAAAUCCCAAGUGUGCUCAAGAGAAGAAGCCACAUCAUCAUGUGAAACCAACUCUUAUAGAUCCACGCCACCACUACCUCAAGUUGAAGCAAGGGUGUUGGAAAAUGAAGUUCUCAUUGGAAUCCACUGCCAGAAACAAAAGGAUAUUGUGCUCAAAAUCAUGGCAUUGCUUCAAAGUUUCCAUCUCUCUCUUGCUAGUAGUAGUGUAUUGCCAUUCGGGACUUCCACACUAAAAGUUACAAUCAUUGCCCAGAUGGGCGACAAAUACGGUAUGGCAGUCAAUGAUCUAGUAAAAACACUGAGGCAAGAUCUCUUGAAGUCACAUGACAUUCAAAAGUCAUAUUCCAAAGAGUGCCAAAUAUAAUAUGCAAUUGUUUAUGGAGAGUGAGGUUUGCAGAAAUUUUAGUUUGGCUUCUUAAAUUUCAACAAGAAAAAAAAGAUGAGGAUUUGUUUGCAAUGAAAUUGAACCUCAUAAUGUAUUAAGGUAUGCACAACACUUAUUAAUUAUGAGGAAAAUUAGUGUUUUUUAGAUGAA